AUGAGCGGACGAGGCAAGACCGGAGGAAAAGCCAGAGCUAAGGCCAAGACCCGCUCGUCCAGAGCCGGACUACAGUUCCCAGUGGGCCGUGUUCACAGGCUGCUGCGUAAAGGCAACUAUGCGGAGCGAGUGGGAGCCGGAGCCCCCGUCUACCUGGCCGCUGUGCUCGAGUAUCUGACCGCUGAGAUCCUGGAGCUGGCUGGAAACGCCGCCCGCGACAACAAGAAGACCCGCAUCAUUCCCCGCCACCUGCAGCUGGCUGUCCGCAACGACGAGGAGCUCAACAAGCUGCUGGGUGGAGUCACCAUCGCUCAGGGCGGCGUGCUGCCCAACAUCCAGGCGGUGCUGCUGCCCAAGAAGACCGAGAAGGCCGCCAAGGCCAAGUAAAGCUGCGGAGAAACCAACCCAAAACGGCUCUUUUAAGAGCCACACACUCCCUCUUUGAGAGCUCGGAGACCACUACGUGUUUUAUUAUGUCCAGCAAUAUAUAAUGGUCCAGUCAAAGCAGGUCUUCAACAUCUUUACAAGACAGCUACAGUAAAACUAGCAUCUCACAACUUUAAAGGUAAAGUGGAGGUUCUGCUACAGGUUCUUGAUAAAGUUACUG